UGAUGUGUUUGGUAUGAUUAUGAAGAACAGGGUCCUUUAUUCAUGUGAUUGCAUUGGAUGUAAUUGUCACAUAGAGAUUGUAUUUUACAGAAAUGGGAAGUGGAAUAGCGAAUAGCUAAAGCAAUUACAUAAAGCUUCAACCACUUACAAUUUGUCAAGGUAUAACAAGACACCAGAUCACCAAUAGUUAUGGAUAAGGGCAAACAUCUUUUUAAUAGUUUAAUCUUCACUUAAUUAACCCACAUAAAAAAAAAUUCUUUAAUUAUUGAAUCCAAACAAUUUGUGUACAUCUACACUCUCCUCACUAGAGAUCCUUAAUCAUUGUCUUUGCACCUAACAUUUUUUUAACUAGAAAACUAUUAAUGCAUUUAACUAUAUAUCUAUGUAUAAGUCAAGUCUUCUUCUUCCUUUGUUUUGUUUUUUUUUUUAUAUAAUAUGAAGAAACAUUUUUUCUUGAAAAGAAUGUGAAGUUGUGGAAAAAUAGAAAAAGGUAAACUCACUUUUGUGGAAGGAAAAAAAAAUCUAUCUAAUUGACUAAUAAAUUUAUAAGGUCUUUUACAAUAAUUCUUCCUUAGGGUAAAAAAUCAAAAAUAAAAAAAAAAUAAUUCGACGAGGGUGUAACGGUGACAACACCUAUAUCCAUAUAGUCCACUAAGUACUCAAUUAAACCCUGCCAUGUGGCUAAAAAAAACGAAACUAUACCUAAUUAUUACUCUAAAAAGAUUAUGGUAUAUUUGAUUGUUUAAAGGAGCAAAUUGGGAUUAGGUUUAGAAACGAGGUGAAAGUUGAACCACUCCCCUUUUUAUAAGAGAAUAUAUAGUACAUACUCUCAUCAAAUAAUAAAUGAAAAUUUUCUUCAUUUGCAAUAAAAGAAAUCAAUUUAGAUUGUUUGUUGUCUUUGGCACACUAAGGUUCCAAAAUGGCCUCAAAAUUGCUUAGAGUUGAGCUCCAAAAAAAAACAUGGCAGUCAAAAAUGGCAAGACUUCUUCUUUUCAUUUCCUUGCUAAUGAGCUACUUCUUCUUCUAUGCACAAGCAAGGAAUUGUCAUAGAGUGUGGAGUUGCAAAGGAGACAUUAGGUGUUGGGAAGAUUGUAAGAAUCAACACAAUGGAAAGGGACUUUGUGAUUUGUACACUGCACCUUCGGUUCCUAAACAAUGCUUUUGUGCCUAUAAAUGUUGAUAACAUUUCUCUUUUGUAUUUACUUUCUUGGCCAAAAGAGGAGUCCACUUAAUAAUAAUUACUAUUUAUGCUCUUA